GGCCGGCGGCAUCACACCGCUCGGGCGGCGCCGAGAGAGCGGGAGCGAGGCCGAGGCUGCCAGGAGCAGGUCACCAGCCGGCGACGCGGAGGAGCCUGCAGCCGGAGGCGUCGGCGCCGAGGAAGCACCGAGCGCGAAGACGAAGGGGAAGCCCGGCCAGACGAAGCCGCUCAAGGACACGAUCAGCGAGGCUAUCACACCGCUCGCGUGGCAGACCGCGCUGGCCAUCGCCCAGAACCUGCGCGACGUGUCCAGUAUCAAGACGGGCACGAGCUACGACCUGAUGCCGAUCUUCGCCGGCGAGGCCGCCAUCUCGCAGGAGUUCGGUCGCAAGGGUCUCAAGGUGUGCGAACCUAUCGACCAGUGCUACAACUACGACCUACGAAGUGCGCAAUACCGUCGAGAAGUAUUGCAGACCUACUGCGCCUGUCGGCCAAAGCUCCUGACGCUGGAGUUCUCUUGCACUCUAUGGAGUCAGCUCGCUCGGGUGAACCACAGAG